GUUCGUGUUUGUUGUGUACCUUAUUGUUGGACGAGAAGAACGACGACGACGACGACGACGACAACAACGCAGGCUUGGUCGGGGUUGAAUCUUCCCCCGUCUGAAGGAAGAGCCGGAUUGCAUAAUCAAGAACCAUCUACGCACCCACCCACCCACAACCGACCAUGUCCUCAUCAUCCUACACCUUCCACCACGACGUCGAAAAGAAUGUCGGAGUCAUCGACACAGGCAGUGCACACAGCGGCGGAGUCGUCACAGAAGGAGGAGAAGGAGAAGAGAAAAAGCACUCAAGCAUUUCCUACACAGAUGGAGUCGGAGGCGCAGUUCACGGCGAAAGUUUCGAAUAUGGCAAUAGCUGGUAUGCGAAAAUGCAACGCUUAGCAGGAAAAUUAAAUGUCGAGCAAAGAGGAAUUGAACGCGUACCGGAGAAUGAACGGACAGAUGAUGGAUUUAAGGCUUUGUUGAAUGUGGCUACUAUGUGGCUAUCAGCAAACAUGGUAGUAUCCUCCUUCGCAAUCGGAAUCCUCUCCAAAUCCCUCUUCUACCUAGGUUUCGCCGACUCCAUCCUCGCCUGCCUCUUCUUCAACCUCAUCGGCAUAACUCCCGUCUGCUACUUCUCGACCUUCGGCCCCAAAUUCGGUCUGCGACAAAUGGUGCUCUCGCGUUUCUGGUUCGGCUGGUGGGGAGUCAAACUGAUCGCGAUCUUCAACGUUUUAGCCUGCAUCGGAUGGUCCUCUGUGAAUUCCAUUGUGGGCGCGGAAUUACUGCAUACCGUAAAUGAAGACGUACCGGGUUUCGCGGGGAUUCUGAUUAUUGCGAUUUGUACAUUUGGGGUGUGUACAUUUGGAUACAAAGUUGUUCACGCAUAUGAAUUCUGGUCUUGGAUUCCCGCUUUCAUCAUUUUUCUCAUCACAUUGGGCGUCUUCGCGCACAGUGGAGAUUUCGUAAACAUCCCCUGGGAAACAGGAAAAGCAGAAAUGGGAAAUAUCCUCUCCUUUGGAGCUGUCGUGUAUGGUUUUGCGACGGGUUGGACUUCGUAUGCUGCGGAUUACACCGUCUAUCAACCCGCGACGCAAUCCCGGCGAAAAGUUUUCUUCUGGACAUGGCUCGGAUUGAUAAUUCCUCUGCUGUUUACAGAAAUGCUCGCUAUUGCCAUCAUGAGCGCUACUUCACCCGAAUUUGCUGCAAAUAACCGCUAUGAUAUCGGUUACCAAACCUCCGGAACAGGCGGACUUCUCGGCGCUGUCCUCAUCUACCACCUGGGGACUUUUGGAAAAUUCUGUCUCGUCAUCCUCGCUCUCUCCAUCAUCGCGAAUAACUGCCCGAACAUCUACUCCGUCGCUCUGACCGUGCAAGUCCUCUCACGCUAUGCGCAACGCGUUCCGCGAUUCAUCUGGACGGGAAUUGCCACAGGAGUCUACAUCGCGAUAGCGAUUCCGGGCUACAGUCAUUUCGAAACUGUGCUGGAAAAUUUUAUGAAUUUUAUCGGAUAUUGGUUGGCGAUUUACGAGGGAAUUUCUCUCACAGAUCACUUCGUUUUUAAACGUGGGUUUUCGGGUUAUAAUCCUGAAGAUUAUGAUCAACCGGGAAAACUCCCGCUGGGAAUUGCGGCCAUGGGCGCGUUUUGUUGUGGAGUGGCGGGGAUGGUGUGUGGGAUGAGUCAGGUGUGGUUUGUGGGACCGAUUGCGUUGAAGGCUGGUUUGGCGCCUUUUGGAGGUGAUGUUGGAUUUGAAUUGGGGUUUGCCUUUGCGGCUGCUUCGUAUUUGGUGUUGAGGACUGUGGAGUUGAAGAUUGUGGGGAGAUAGAUUAGAAAGAGAGUAUUGUUUGUUGUUUGCAGUUCUGAUGAUAGAUACCCACCCCAGUUUCCCAACUUUUUC